CACGGCCGGCCGUGCGGACCCCCAACGCCGACCUCGGGGCCCUGACGCGCCCGCCGCCGUGCCCUGGCGCGCACACGCGGGCACACGCGCAGGCACACGCACCCUCCCGCGCUGUUCCACGCCCCUGGCCGCGGCCCGGGCGCUGUGCGGCGCGGCGGGCGGGCCCGGGGCGGGGGCGGCGGCGGCCGAGAGAGCGGAGGAGGCGGAGCAGGGAGCCGGGAGCCGGCUGGCCCGCGCUCCUCCUGCCGGCCGGGGAUUUUCCAGCCUGGGCGCUGUCGCCUCGGACCUCCUGCAGCCGCCGCGGACCAUGGGCGACAAAGGGACGCGGGUGUUCAAGAAGGCCAGCCCGAAUGGAAAGCUCACUGUCUAUCUGGGAAAACGGGACUUUGUGGACCACAUCGACCUCGUGGACCCUGUCGAUGGUGUGGUCCUGGUGGAUCCUGAGUAUCUCAAGGAGAGGAGAGUCUAUGUGACACUGACCUGCGCCUUCCGCUAUGGCCGGGAGGACCUGGAUGUCCUGGGCCUGACCUUCCGCAAGGACCUGUUUGUGGCCAACGUGCAGUCCUUCCCGCCGGCCCCUGAGGACAAGAAGCCCCUGACGCGGCUGCAGGAGCGCCUCAUCAAGAAGCUGGGCGAGCACGCCUACCCUUUCACCUUUGAGAUCCCUCCGAACCUCCCAUGCUCCGUGACAUUGCAGCCGGGGCCUGAAGACACAGGGAAGGCCUGUGGUGUGGACUAUGAAGUCAAAGCCUUCUGUGCUGAGAACCUGGAGGAGAAGAUCCACAAGCGGAAUUCCGUGCGCCUGGUUAUCAGGAAGGUUCAGUAUGCCCCGGAGAGGCCUGGCCCCCAGCCCACAGCUGAGACCACCAGGCAGUUCCUCAUGUCGGACAAGCCCCUGCAUCUAGAGGCCUCCCUGGAUAAGGAGAUCUAUUACCAUGGAGAACCCAUCAGCGUUAAUGUUCACGUCACCAACAACACCAACAAGACAGUGAAGAAGAUCAAGAUCUCGGUGCGUCAAUAUGCGGACAUCUGCCUUUUCAACACAGCCCAGUACAAGUGCCCGGUGGCCAUGGAAGAGGCUGAUGACACAGUGGCACCCAGUUCGACAUUCUGCAAAGUCUACACACUGACCCCCUUCCUGGCCAACAACCGAGAGAAGCGGGGCCUCGCCUUGGAUGGGAAGCUCAAGCACGAAGACACGAACCUGGCCUCCAGCACCCUGUUGAGGGAAGGAGCCAACCGGGAGAUCCUGGGCAUCAUUGUUUCCUACAAGGUGAAAGUGAAGCUGGUGGUAUCUCGGGGCGGCCUGUUGGGAGACCUUGCAUCCAGUGACGUGGCUGUGGAACUGCCCUUCACCCUAAUGCACCCCAAGCCCAAAGAGGAACCCCCACAUCGUGAAGUUCCAGAGAACGAGGCGCCAGUAGAUACCAAUCUCAUAGAACUUGACACCAACGAUGACGACAUCGUGUUUGAGGACUUUGCCCGCCAGAGACUGAAAGGCAUGAAGGACGACAAGGAGGAGGAAGAGGAUGGUACUGGCUCUCCGCAGCUCAACGACAGAUAGACUGGGGCCAGCCCCCCUCCGGGCAGCUCCGGGUCAGCUCUCCUGCACUAGGAUGCUUAUUCGUCUUCUUCCCGUUCUCGUUCCCCCUCUCUUUUGUUCUUCUAGUUACUACCAGGGGGCCCAGUGUUCUUCCAGGUCACGGUGGUGAACCUCUGGCCUCAGGACUGGCCCCACAUCACCAUGCCAACAAGGGGCACAUGGGCCACCUUCACCCCUCUCACCCCUGUCGCGGGGCACCCCUCCAGCCCCUCUCUUUUCCUGGUGACACCCGACCCCCCGGAAAGGCCAUCCUGGCUCUGGCCUUGGAAUUUGACUUGGGAUGGGGAGCAGAACGGGGAAUGUGGGGCAUAGGGCUUGGAAAGGUGAGGGCUCAAGACGUGUGAGAGGGUGCCCACAGUCCCAGGUGGCUAACACAGCUCUGGCAGCUAAAAGAUGACUAUCCUGAGGGCCACCCUCGUCUGGCUGGGAGGGGCAUAACUGUGGAUAAAUGCUCAAUGGCUUCAUGCAGUCGAGACCCAACAAACACCUCUCCCCAUCCAGCCCUCUGUCCCCACCCUCCAUCCCUCUGUGUCUGACAGUGACCAUUGGUGAGGGUUUGCAGACCCCAGGAGUAGAGAAAAGCCACCAGACUGGCUUUCUCACCAGCAGUUACUCAGUCUAAGGCAAGCUGUGUGAACUAGCCCAUCUAUUUCAGUACUGUCAGGAUGUAACAUCCUAGCUACCUUGUAUUUUAUGUGUGUGUCCUGUCCGUACACAGGCACAGAGAGAGAAGGGAGGGGUCUUCGGAAAGCACCAACCAGAAGUAGAAUGAGCUCAAGCUCCUGGGGAGGUUUCCUGAAGGGUGGUUCUGAGAGGUGAGGUCAGGGGCAAGGAAGAUAAGAAUCUGCUUUGUUCCCUCCUUUGCGGAUGUAAGAACAAUCGGUGAUCCCUCAGGAAGUAAGGCUGGAGGUCCAGACGGGGCUGGGGACACCCAUAUCCCCCUGCUUCACCUUACAGUUCACCCGGGCUGAGCUGGGCUGGCCCACAGGCUGGGAGAUAGUGCUUGAGGCCACCAUGCCCACAGUCAGAGGGGCUUCUUUCCCAAAAGGUGGCAUGGUCCAUCAGGAUGCCCUCACCUAAAGGAAAGGGACUGUCAGGUAGCAAAGAACCCUUCAUUUCCUUAGGGAGUUGAUGAACCCCCACCAGUUCCCAGUGUCAUGGAUACUCAGCACCCAUUGGCUGGUGUUGGUGUGAUUGAGACCUGGGGCAUUUUUAGGCAAUAGAGUGGGCAGAUGAUGAGGUAGAAAGUGUUAAAAGGUAUUUGUUCUUGUCUGGACUUUGACACCCACUUACUGUGUGACUUUGGGCAAGUUCCUUUCCUUCUCUGGGCCUCAGUUCUUCACCUAGAAAACCUAGGGGUUUGACCAGAUAAUCACAAAGGGACCUCCCAGCUCUGGCCUCUAAGAAUUUGUAAACCUUAGAGCUUCUGGUAUGGUGGGUGGAACCAGAGCCAGACCAUUGACUCUUGUUUGUCUGCCUCCAGAGGUGAUUCAUUGCACCCCAGAGGCAGUGGGGCCCUGGCAAACUCCUAGCCAACCCCUUUCCAGGCUGGAGAAGGGCCCUUCUUGGGCCUCUGGAGGGUCAUCUAAUGUCAAACUGUGGCCAUAGCUAGCACGAGCUGCUCGGCCCUAGGGCCUGAGUGUUACAGAAGGUCAAGCUUGUAUUUGCUCAUGACAGGGCCUCUGGUGCCUCACAGCUCCCUGUGGAUGGUAGGCCCCCUGAGGUUUACCUUAUACCCAAGCAAAUAUAUUGCUUAGCAGGGCAAGGGAGCUCUCCUCCAUCCCUGCUCCCUCUUACUCUGUCCCAUACUUCCCUGAAAAAGGAGACAACAAACAUUUGUUAUGCAAGUUGGGUCUCAAACCGUUUCUGUCCAGCCCCUCCUGAGGUGGGCUCUGUAACCAUCAUCCAUGGUGAGAUUACCCAGUUUACAGACCUAGCACUGCACCUCAGCCCUUCUCCUGAAUCUCAUGAAGAUUUGAGGCUAGGGACUCCCUGCCCCAGGUCAGGACCAAGUCAGCUUGGGGCAGCCAUACUCUCCUGGCCAGCCCUGGGGUUGCCAGCCUCUCUACCAGAGCUUGCUGGCAGUCCACACCUCAUUGGACAGCUGAAGAGUUGAUGAAGGGCUUUAGCAAUACAGGCCAAGCGUCUUCCUCUGGAACCUUUGAGGCUGGUAUGAGGCACUUUAGGAUUUGAGGUAAUUGAUCACUCCCCUACAAACCUCUUCCUCUAUCCCUCACUGGCACACAUGAAAGAUUUGUCAGCCUGGUUUCUUGAGCUUCUUCACCUCAAUGUCACACUCACCAUUUGGGGUUUAUCCCAGUGUUUUUAAUGGAAAUUUCUCUAGCUGUGGGAAGUAUCAUAGCCUCAUCUAGACUUUUA